CUUGAUUUUCUGUUCUCUGGGGAGUUCUCAAAGCUUUCCAUCUACCUAGCUCCGUCCAUGUCAGACUUUUAGAUUUGGAGAUCCCACGACUUAUAUAACCGUAAAGGGUUGGAAACCAGUUUAAAAUCCAUACAAUUACCAACUAUGGCCUUUCUUAUCCUCGUUGUGGCAUUUUUGGCUGCUUUAUUUAGUACUUGCAUGACUCUCAUCGUCAUUGAAAACACGUCUGAAGUGCCGAUCUCACCAGCGAAUGGGUCUGAAGAAAUUUCCAACGUUGGAGCUGCUCAGCUUUCUGGGACUUUGCUUCACGAAGGUGAAGACACGUCAUUCUCCGAAGUACACUCGUCAUUUCCGCGUCCAAAAAACACUUACUUCAAACUGUACGGCCUUCCUGAAAGGACGUUCCACCAACCCGGUGAUGUGUCUAUUGGUGCUAUUUUUAGUAUAACUACAAUGGACGGUGUCAAUUUUCGGUGUAGAAGAGACAUUGAGGUGUCCGCAUGGGUCAUUCAGUACAUAGAAGCGGUUUCCUACGCGGUGGAUAGGGUGAACAGGGACCCGACUCUUUUGCCCAAUGUGACGUUAGGCUUCACCAUAGUGGAUGACUGCACCAGCUACAACAUGGCGGUGGCUGCCUCUUUGGCGUUUUUGCCGAGGGUUGAAGUCAGGUGCCCUGAUGGUGUAAACGGAUCUCCUUCUGAUUGUUCAUCGCUAUCGUCAUCGUCGUCAUCGUUAUCCUCAUCUGACUCCGUAUCUAUAUCCAAUUCAAACACCUCCCAGUCAAAUCUUACCUCAUCGCAUUACGACGUAGUUGGCAUUCUCGGACCGUCGACCAGCGCAGCUAGCGUACCCGUCUCCUACCUUUACGCCGUGGCUCAAGUCCCGAUCCUCAGCUUCCAGGCGACCAGCGAUUCUCUGAGCGACAACGACCUUCACCCUUACUUCAUGCGGGUCGUGCCGCCCGACCACGACCAGGCACAAGCCAUCAUCAACUUCCUGGUCUCCAACGGCUGGUCUUACAUAUCUGUCGUCUACUCCAGAGGCCCCUACGGCGAGAACGGUUUCGACAGCAUCAAGUACUGGGCCUCGCGGUACAACAUAUGUAUCGCGACGUCACACAGGACUGCGCCCGACGACGAUUUCGUGAGUAUCACCAAGAACCUUUACUCUUACCGCCGUGCUCGUGUCGUCAUCAUCUUCGCCAUCUACUCCACGGCUAAAGGAUUGUUCGCCGCUGUGAGACACCUCCAGCUUCACGGACACUUUAUCUGGGUCGGUGGGGACGGCUUGACGGAGAGAGCGUUCACUUUUAAAGGAGACGAGCAGGAAAUACAAGGGAUGUUCACCUUUACAUUUUUCUCAAGGGCAGUGCCGAGCUUUUACGAAUAUCUGAAUCGACAACGAGUGACGAAUACGACCAACCCGUGGCUGAGAGACACUUGGGAAAUGUUGGACUCCUGUAGCUUCCAGAAUGGUACUUGUAACAGUAACGAAAGACUAAGCGAUUUAAAACAUUUUGAGUUUGUCACAUCUGCCUCUCUCGUUAUUGACUCAGUGUUUACAUACGCCCAUGCAAUUCACAAACUACUCAGCGACGUGUGUCCAGGUAUAGAAGGAGCUAAGGCGAGGCAGUGUCUAACUGGUGAACGCCUUCUUCAAUACAUGAAGCAACUCGAUUUUUCAGGAGUUACGGGGCGCAUCCGUUUUGAUAAGCAAGGAAACCUUAAAGGAAAGUACAAAGUAUUGCAAUACACCCUCCAAUCCACAGAGGGAGACACGUACAACUCUAAUAACACGAACAAUGAUGGCAGAGCUCGUACGGGGUCCGGGACUAUCAUAGAGCGAAAUAUUGCAGUGUACGAUGUUGAAACAGAGACUUUUGAAUACACCGAAAAUGCCAUGUCGUGGAAAGAAUUCACAGUGAAAAAACUGGUUGUUCCACUUCCAGCCGGAGAGGCGAGAUCGGAUAUCCCGGAAUCGGUUUGUAGUCGGCCGUGUGUGUUGGGGGAGUACCGCAUCCAGAGAGAGCUGCCAUGCUGCUGGGAAUGUCGUCGGUGUAGAGAGAACGAGAGGCUGUCUCCGGAUAACUCCAGCUGCGUGGUUUGUGAUCCUUACACGUGGCCCAGCAUGAGCACACGCCUCACGACAUGCACGGCCAUCCCCAUGACUUUCCCGGCCGCCUCAGACACGCUUCCUCUCAUCCAGAUCUGCCUGGGCCUUGCCGCCAUCUUGGUCACCCUGGCGAUCAUCGUGUACUACGUGAAGCUACGUCACAACCGCAUCAUUAAAGCCACGAGCCGUGAACUUAGCUUCUUGCAGCUUUCCGGGAUUCUGAUUGGCUACGUCACGGUGAUCUUAUUUCAGGCCCCGCCCACUCACGAGACGUGUGGGGCGCUGUUUUUCAUGUUCUGCCUCAGCUUCACAGGACUCUAUUCCCCUCUCUUUGUCAAGUCCGUGCGCAUUUAUCGCAUUUUCAAGAGUGGAGCAAAGAACAAAAGACCUCGAUUCGUCAGCUCUCAGACGCAGAUAUUGAAAGUUAUCAUUUUGAUACUAGCACAGGUGCUGCUCUGUGCGGUGGUGUACGUGACGUACCGGCCCACGGCAAGGCGCAGACAACCUGUGGCGACCGUCAAGCUGGUGGAGCUCUCAUGUGACCUCACCCUGCCCGGCCUGGUUUCCUUCCUGGCCUACAACCUCGUGCUGGUCUCCCUUUGCUCCGUGUUCGCCUUCAAAACGCGCCAACUCCCAGACAACUUCAACGAGUCCCGCUUCACGUCCAUGUGCGUGUCCACAACCCUGGUUAUAUGGCUGGCCUUUAUGCCGACGUACUUCACAGCCUCUAGGGAGUUUGUGCGUGUGUUGUUACUAUCUUUAGCCCUGCUGUUAAAUCAUAGCGUGGCGCUGAUCUUUCUGUUUGUGCCCAAGAUCUAUGCGGCGCUCUACGUGCCCGUUGACACUUUUGUCGUCAGCCGUUUUCAGAGUACGGCUAACUCCGCCCCGUCUGAUGGUCCGAGGCCGUUGCCUAGUAACAGGGUGGCACCGAUGUGGCAUUCGGGUUGUAAUCAGCCGCCAGCCCAGGUGGAAACCACGUGA